AUGGACCCGAUUCCUAUUGGGUCUGAUGCCAGCCCCAAACACACUGUUGCGAUCGUUUCUCUCCCCGCUCGCACACGGAACUCGCGGCGCACGGCCAGCUCCAGCUCGGCGGCCCCUCCGCCACCUCCGGCGGUUCCCUCCCCUACCUCCGGCGGCCCUUGCCCUCGGCCUCCCCUCCGGUCGUCGCGAGAUCCGGCUUCCUUCGGCGGACGCGGCGGCACAGGACAGCCAUGGCGCACUGCUCGCGGAGGUGGAGACGAGGCGGCCAUGGCGCACUCCUUCUGGCGCGAUUCCCUCAUGGCCAUGGCCGCGCAUCCCCUCGCGCCGGUGCUCGGCGCCUUCUCUAGCGCGGCGCGCUGCUCCGCCGCGGGCGUGGCCAUCCGUCCCCGCUCCGCUCGCCUUCUCGCCUCCGUCGGGACAGGGGAGGAGCAAAGAGGCCGCCGGUGA